CAACCCUGGAUGGGAAAUGAAGGGAAAAUCAGUAAUAAGCAGAAUUAUAUACAUAUUUCAUUUUUUUCCAGCCUUGAAUCAAAUCAUAUGCAUAUUUAAGUAAUACACUAGAUCAAUUUAAUGAUGGGUGCAUUAUUUUUUAAAACUCGUUCUAAUUUGGAAAUCAUUUCUUUGGUCUUUUUUUUACACUAUAAAUAGAAAUUUCUUUAAUCGGGAAUACUUUUUUUAUAAAACCAUUCUUUGGCAACAACCUUGGGACUGCUGCAUGUGUUAAGAGUUGGUAUAAAGGAUUUAUAGAAAGCUUUAACCGAAUUUGAAAUUAAAACGAUAGCAAAAAAAAACCAAACAAAAAACAGCGACUGUCCAUUUCAGCUGUUUCUUUCCCCAAAGGUCACAAUGAUAGCGCUUUAGCGUUACAGAAAUUGUUGUGGCUAAAUUCAGAAAAAUAUAAGACAUGACGUCAGUUAUGUGACCUUGUGGUCAAAUUAUUUUCAAGGACAUGAGACAAAACAUUAUUUUUUAUUUUAACAGAAGGCCGAAAUCAAUUACACAAUUUUGUCAACUGAUCCUGCUCUUUCUUUGCUUUCAAAGUCAUUACACCAGUUUGGUUCCUUUGCUCGGCCAACAACAUCUCGGACACAAGAGAUCUAACGACUCCAAUUUCUACCAAUGAUUAUGUACCUAAAUGUUUUAGAGUUAUUUUUAUGACAGACAAUAAUGAGGGGGGUCAGUUUACUACAAAAGGUCCGUUGCGUCCUCGAAUCAGUCACCUCUGUCCUCUAAUUCAAAGUGUCCACGUCAAUUCGAAAUCUCUACUACAGGUAAGUGUUAAUGCUUUUUAAAAAAGUGAUUUCAUCUCCGUCUAAUUUUAAGGUAUUUACUUAAUGGCAAAUUCUUUGUUUUUAUGACUUAAAAAGAAAGAAGCCAAUAAUAAAAAGUACUCAUGGACUCGGGCACACCAUUCAGUAGAGUUACAAGAAGAAUUUUAUCACUUUUUUUGCGGACAAAAACAAAACACACAUAGCAACUUUUCAAAUUUUUGCUGACCCUUUCUCCUUCAAUGUGGAAAAUGUAACACCCCCCCCCCUCCCCCCAUAACCCUUUGCGCUUCAAAUGGAGCUGAUUGAUCUUCAGUGGAGUUCUGAAGUCAAGGCUAAUUUCAAGGAGGUGAAUGGAAAAACAAUCAAGCAUGGACAAUUUAUGAGAGUGUUGCCCUCCACCUUGCCUGAGGUUUCCAGGUUGUUCAACCGGAUCAUGUGCCUUUUUUGGAGUACCUAACUUUGAGAAAAGCUCUUUUCCGCUAUGAACCGUAACAAGUCAUAGGAGCCAAAAUGAUCAAUAAAUUGAUCGUGGGCCCUUAAGAUAUAGAAGAAGAUAACGUCUGCCAUUCAAUUGAAAAAAAAAAUUAAUAAAAAUAACAUACAAUAACAGCAACAGACGUCUGAAUGAGGAAAUAUCUUAUUGUGUCUGGGCACAGACAUCUUAAUGUUUCUGGGUAUAGAUAUCUUAAUCUGUCUGGGUAUAGAUAUUCAUAAGGUGUCUGGGUAAAGAUAUCUUAAUGUGUAUGGGUAUAGGUCUGGGUAUAGAAAUCUUAAUGUGUCUGGGCAUAGAUAUCUUAAUGUGUCUGGGUAUAAACAUCUUAAUGUGUCUGUGUAUAGGUCUGGGUAUAUAUAUCUUAAUGUGUCUAGGUAUAGAUAUCUUAAUGUGUCUGGGUUAUAGAAUCUUAAUGUGUCUGGGUAUAGAAAUCUUAAUGUGUCUGGGUAUAGAUAUCUUAAUCUGUCUGGGUAUAGAUAUCUUAAUCUGUCUGGGUAUAGAUAUCUUAAUGUGUCUGGGUAAAGAUAUCUUAAUGUGUCUGGGUAUAGAUAUCUUAAUGUGUCUAGGUAUAAAUAUCUUAAUGUGUCUGUGUAUAGGUCUGGGUAUAGAUAUCUUAAUGUGUCUAGGUAUAGAUAUCUUACUGUGUCUGGGUUAUAGAAUCUUAAUGUGUCUGGGUAUAGAAAUCUUAAUGUGUCUUGGCGUAGAUAUCUUAAGGUGAGUAAUUUGUUUUGUUUAAAAUUAUGAACUGCACAUGCAUUUGCUAAACAUUUUGGUUUAUAUAGCAGCUUAACCCCAUAAGUCUGUCUGGUUAUUUGACAUAUUGCAUGAAUAAAACGACAUUGCUUAUUAAAAUGCGAUAAAAAUCGCGAAAAUAAGAUGCGUUUUCCUUCUUUUAGUAAAACCCUUUUAAAUUAUUUUUUUUUAAAUUGCAGAAGUACCGAUAUCUCAAAAAUUAUGACACACAACAUAUCACCGCUUAUGACACAGAGCAUCUCACCACUUAUGACACACAACAUAUCACCGCUUAUGACACAGAGCAUAUAACCACUUAUGACUCACAACAUCUCACCACUUAUGACACACAACGUCUCACCACUUAUGACACACAACAUCUCACCCCUUAUGACACACAACAUCUCACCACUUAUGACACACAACAUCUCACCACUUAUGACACACAUCAUCUCACCACUUGUGACACUCAACAUCUCACCACCUAUGACACGCAACAUCUCACCACCUAUGACACGCAACAUCUCACCACUUAUGACACAAAGCAUCUCACCACAUAUGACACACAACUUCUCACCACUUAUGACACACAACAUCUCACCACUUAUGACACAAAGCAUCUCACCACUUAUGACACACAACAUCUGACCACUUAUGACACACAACAUCUCACCACUUAUGACACACAACAUCUCACCACUUAUGACACACAACUUCUCACCACUUAUGACACACAACAUCUCACCACUUAUGACACACAACAUCUCACCACUUAUGACACACAACAUCUCACCACUUAUGACACACAACAUCUCACCACUUAUGACACAAAGCAUCUCACCACUUAUGACACACAACAUCUCACCACUUAUGACACAAAGCAUCUCACCACUUAUGACACACAACUUCUCACCACUUAUGACACACAACAUCUCACCACUUAUGACACACAACAUCUCACCACUUAUGACACACAACAUCUCACCACUUAUGACACACAACUUCUCACCACUUAUGACACACAACAUCUCACCACUUAUGACACACAACAUCUCACCACUUAUGACACACAACAUCUCACCACUUAUGACACACAACAUCUCACCACUUAUGACACAAAGCAUCUCACCACUUAUGACACACAACAUCUCACCACUUAUGACACAAAGCAUCUCACCACUUAUGACACACAACUUCUCACCACUUAUGACACACAACAUCUCACCACUUAUGACACACAACAUCUCACCACUUAUGACACACAACAUCUCACCACUUAUGACACACAACUUCUCACCACUUAUGACACACAACAUCUCACCACUUAUGACACACAACUUCUCACCACUUAUGACACACAACAUCUCACCACUUAUGACACACAACUUCUCACCACUUAUGACACACAACAUCUCACCACUUAUGACACAAAGCAUCUCACCACAUAUGACACACAACAUCUCACCACUUAUGACACACAACUUCUCACCACUUAUGACACACAACAUCUCACCACUUAUGACACACAACUUCUCACCACUUAUGACAAAAAACAUCUCACCACUUAUGACACACAAUUUCUCACCACUUAUGACAAAAAACAUCUCACCACUUAUGACACAAAGCAUCUCACCGUUCAUGACACACAACAUCUCACCACUUAUGACACAAAGCAUCUCACCACUUAUGACACAAAGCAUCUCACCACUUAUGACACAAAGCAUCUCACCGUUCAUGACACACAACAUCUCACCGUUCAUGACACACAACAUCUCACCACUUAUGACACAAAGCAUCUCACCACUUAUGACACAAAGCAUCUCACCACUUAUGACACAAAGCAUCUCACCGUUCAUGACACACAACAUCUCACCACUUAUGACACAAAGCAUCACACCGUUCAUGACACACAACAUCUCACCACUUAUGACACAAAGCAUCUCACCACUUAAGACACAAAGCAUCACACCGUUCAUGACACACUACAUCUCACCACUUAUGACACACAUCAUCUCACCACUUAUGACACAAAGCAUCUCACCACUUAUGACACAAAGCAUCUCACCACUUAUGACACAAAGCAUCUCACCACAUAUGACACAAAGCAUCACACCGUUCAUGACACACUAUAUCUCACCACUUAUGACACAAAGCAUCUCACCACUUAUGACACAAAGUAUCACACCGUUCAUGACACAAAGCAUCUCACCACUUAUGACACAAAGCAUGACACCGUUCAUGACACACAACAUCUCACCACUUAUGACACAAAGCAUCACACCGUUCAUGACACACAACAUCUCACCACUUAUGACACAAAGCAUCACACCGUUCAUGACACACUACAUCUCACCACUUAUGACACAAAGCAUCUCACCACUUAUGACACAAAGCAUCUCACCACUUAUGACACAAAGCAUCACACCGUUCAUGACACACAACAUCUCACCACUUAUGACACACAACAUCUCACCACUUAUGACACACAACAUCUCACCACUUAUGACACACAACAUCUCAACACUUAUGACACAAAGCAUCUCACCACUUAUGACACAAAGCAUCUCACCACUUAUUACACAAAGCAUCACACCGUUCAUGACACACUACAUCUCACCACUUAUGACACACAACAUCUCACCACUUAUGACACACAACAUCUCACCACUUAUGACACAAAGCAUCUCACCACUUAUGACACAAAGCAUCUCACCACUUAUGACACAAAGCAUCACACCGUUCAUGACACACUACAUCUCACCACUUAUGACACACAACAUCUCACCACUUAUGACACACAACAUCUCACCACUUAUGACACAAAGCAUCUCACCACUUAUGACACACAACAUCUCACCACUUAUGACACACAACACCUCACCGUUCAUGACACACUACAUCUCACCGUUCAUGGCACACUACAUCACACCGUUCAUGACACACUACAUCACACCGUUCAUGACACACAACAUCUCACCACUUAUGACACACAACAUCUCACCGUUCAUGACACACUACAUCUCACCGUUCAUGACACACUACAUCACACCGUUCAUGACACACAACAUCUCACCACUUAUGACACACAACAUCUCACUCUUCAUGACACACUACAUCUCACCGUUCAUGACACACUACAUCACACCGUUCAUGACACACAACUUCUCACCACUUAUGACACACAACUUCUCACCACUUAUGACACACAACAUCUCACCACUUAUGACACACUACAUCACACCGUUCAUGACACACUACAUCCAAUGACUACGAUAAGGAUAGAAAAUGUAAACUUUUUUUUAGCAGGUGCUUAAACAAAGUAAGAUUCCCCCCAUCCCCCCUCCCCCAAAUUCUUUUUCAAGCUUUCCCCCUAGUAGAAUAGAAUCGAUCUUUUUGAAAGUCAAAGCUCUUAAUUUAUCAAAAUUCUCACAUUUUCAGGCUAAGUCUUUUAACAUGUUGAAGCUCGUCGUCCUCGCCCUGCUUGUCCUGGCCGUCUCUGCCCAGGACCUGGCCGCCCAGAAGGCGCACGUCAUGUGCGUCAUUGACAGCCAGCUGUCCUCCGCCUCGUGCAAGAGGACGGCCAAGGCCCAGGUCAACGCCGCCGCCGACGCCGCCUCCGGCUGCGCCACCCUCGAGACCUUCCAUGGACUGCUGGGCAUCAUUGGCUGUAACGCCCACGACUACGACAUCCUGCACAAGCUCAUCUGUGAGCACAUCGUCAUCCCAUGUGACCAUGCAACCACCGUUGCGCCUGCGUAAACAAAGCGCACCCUUCCCCCACCCCUUUUGUGUACUAUAUCUUUUACCAAACAUAAACGCUGAAUUGUUGUGAUGACGUUCAGGGAUCAUAAUGAUAAUAAAAAUAGUUUCCUUAAUUCGAAUUGUCGUUUUUUUUUUAAAUUUCUUUAUAAAACCACGUCUUUUAUUAUAUCAAGA